UUAAAUUCAUGUUUUCUUCAACUCAUCCGACGCAAUCCAAACGAAUCCACCUUUUUCUUUAUGGCCGUUUUGGCCUAGAACCCGUGGUAGAGAGGUACAGCAGGAUGGGGUGAGCAGAGGGGAUGAAGUAUCGGCAGCCCACGGUGGCACCUCCUGGUGUCCAGGCUUGGCUCCAGGGGGAACUGGAGGGGCGAGGCAUCGACACAGUGUACGCACGCACGGUCCUCAGCCUGCUGCUGCAACCCGAUGGGCCGUGGGAUCUCCCUGCCCGCCGAGUCGCAGCUGUCGAAUGCCUCUGCUCGGCGGCUGAGCAGAAAAACAGCAUUGAAGCUUUAGUCGAUGAGCUCUGUCGCCGGCUGGACAACCAUCUUCAAUCCGGUAAAGCUCCUGCAACUGCAACUGUACAGGUGCUGGAGCGAUCCCCACAAGAACUGGCUCAGAUGUACUACGCUGCAUUUCCAGCCCUGAGCAGCGCUGCAGAGGAACCUCGUCGUGUCUCUUGGGACGGGCGAAGGAUAAUUCGGCGGCACGAACAGCGCCGACGUCGGGACUUGAAUGCUCUGCGAGAUUCCCUGUGCCAGACCCCCGAGGAACGGCGACUGAGGCGGCAGCUGAGUGACCCGCGCCUGGCAGCCAUUUGGGGUCGCACCGCACCAACUCGACCUGGCUCCGUUUGGGCACUUAGCACCGAGGAGACGCAGCACCUCAAGGCCCAAGAAGUGCGCUCCCUGCCCGGCUUUCCGCACCUGGCCCAGGGCUUGGCCGCAGGACUUCUACUUGCCGAAGCCCUGCUGCUGCGCUCGGGGGCGGGUCACCCGGAGCCUCCCAAGGAUGCUUCGUCACUGCUGGGACUGCUGCUCCACAACGUUGUUGUUGCAGACUUACGUGGGAAGAAUAAUGAGCAGGAAGCUUUGUGUAUGUCCCCCCACGAUGGCAGUGACCUGGAGAACACUGACGCGAUGUCAGACGACAGCAAUGGCGCGCUCGGAAUGGGCGGCCACGCCGUACCCGAGGGUCCCCAGCAGGAAGAAGACGUCGCAGGCGGAUGGAACCAGACCGAGUCGUGUCCACCUUGGACCUCAGAGCAGACUUCUGUCGACCACCCAGAAAUUGUCCCCCACCACCGAUGGGGCAGCCACGUAGAGCAGAUGAAGCACGAGCUGGAGGCCGAGGAAGAAGACGUACUGGGAUGCUUGUGCGGACCUCCUUCUCCCUCGGGCCAGUCACCGCCUGUCCAUCGGGCCUGGGAGCUGGAACGCCAGUGGCUGACACCGUGCGCUGCCGCCUAUGCUUGCUGCCCAGGGGAAGCUAAUGGAAGUCUGAGAGUCGUGUAGAUGGUGUUCGAGCAAUUGAACCGUCUACCUUGUAAAGAAAGAGGGAUAGAUGGAUCCCACUUCGUCUCCAGGAUCACGAACAGUUGUGGGGCACAAUUCUGUGAAGUUUAUGGGCGGGGAGGAUAGUAAAAAGAGUAAUAUAGUGAAGUUUCUAUUCAAGAAAACGACUUGCAUGCACGACUGUGUCCGGUGUCACGUAGUGAAUAUUAUGCAAAUAAAUAUGCCACCCAGUA